CAUUGGGAUUGGCCAAAACAUUACAUUGCUCUCCCUGAUGAGAGCCAUGACUGAUUCACGGUCACCCGAAUCAUAAACCGCCACUCUGAAUCCAUGAAGCUGGAACUUUUCAAAGCGAUCAAUCGACCCGACCCAAAUAAGCUUUAGUUGAGCUAUCGUCAAAAAGAGUGUCUUGCAGUUGGAGUCCCUUUUGAGCAACUUCUUUCUCCGUGACCCUUCUUCUCUGGUUAGAAGGAAAGUGAUUCUUUGAUAACUCCAAGGUUAACUAGCUCAUUGAUCUUGUGUUCAAGUUCCUCAUAUUUUGCUAAGAUAUGAUAUGAAGCGGUGUUAUGGCCCAAUGCAACAUCCUCCAGGCGAAAAUCAGCAUGCUCACGGCCAAUAUCAGCAUCCCUCUGACCAAAAGAAACAACAAUGCUGGGCAAUUUUUGGCAAGCGGCAAGGCUGAGAACCUUCAGCUCUUCUUCCUUGUCCAGUGGCUCUGAGAGAGGGAUUAUACUGCAAAAGAAAGCUAUCCCUUCUCUGCCCGUGGUUCUUCUACGGCUCUCUUCCUCCCUCCCCCGUUCUUCACCAUGUUUCCCUCAGCCACUGUUCUUCACCGUGUUCUUCACAUUCCCCGCCUCAACCUUCACAAUCCUCACCUUUUUAAGCUUCACAACCGUCACAUGAUGCUCCAUUUACCAAAAGAAUGGGAGUACGAUUAUCUCUUGAAGGAAAUUCAGAAGGAGAAGGUCCGAUCGAGAAGGCUGAGCUUGAUUGGUCUAGAAAAAGGUGGCUCUCAAGAAGCUGAACAAGAGAUUGAAGGAAGUCAAAGCAGCUUGGAAAGCCGAAAAAAGAAGGAGGUCGAAUGGAGAAGCUUGAGCUUGAGGGGUCAAAAAAUGUGGUUCUCAAGAUGCUGAACAUCAUGGAUGCUGUUACAUUUUGGUUUAAAACCGAAUCAACAUCAUGGAUGUUGUUACAUUUUGGUUUAAUAUCUGAUGUUGAAGUUAUAGUUACUCUUUAAGAAAACAAUAUAUGUUCAAAAGUCGAAGUUUCUGU